CAGCACGUCUAUGCCCAGGCGGCGCGAGUAGCCUACACAUAUCCCCUCGAGAUGAACGAAAAGAUCGUCGAAGUUCCGCAAGAUAUCCAUAAAGACGCCUACUUUGUGGAUUUCGGGACUGAAAGGAAGAAGAGCGAGUCGAAGGUUUCGAGCGCUCAGUUUUGGGGGGACAAGGUCAUGUCGUCUUGGGCUCGACUGGAAUACAACCACGGCUUGGCCAUAAGGAAGUGGACGGAAGUACAGAGGGGCCAUCUACAAUACUCAGACAAUGAAUGUCCUGAGGCUCUGAGGAAAUCUCUGUCAGCAUUGGUGGAUUACGCUGAGCGGAAGGCGGGGGUCCUUAUGAAUAUUCAUCAACAGAUCGAGGACAACAAGACCAUGGGCAGGGCUCUUGUCAGUUAUGAGACCCACGACUUUAAGCCCACUAUGGAAAGACUUUCCAAAGAGAUGAAUUAUCUAGUGACUACCCAGCGAAUCCGAGAGGCGCGAUCUAAACGAGAGGGGAAGAAAUACCAGGAGAGCAUGAAGAAGAUUAGAGACAAGGAGCAGGUAUUGGCUGACGUCACGCAUGCUAAGGGCCAUUCUGACAUCGCCAUUGGUCGGAUGUCGGAGUGUCAGAGUCAGGCGAUGGCCACACUGGACCGGUACAUCACGACUAUCAGGAAAGAACGGUCACAGAGGAGAGAGUUCCUUCAGUACGCUGUCCAUUUACAAGAAAUGUGGAGUAACAAACAGAGAGAGCGCUUGUGUUUACUUCUCACAUCGAUCCAAAACUUUGCCAAAAAAAUAAAAUCAUCUGACAUGGAAAUAACAAAAAAUCCACCAUCCAAGCAAAUAAAGGACGCCAUAAAACGUGCUGACAUCGCAUCUAUCGUAAAGGACAUAGAAUCCCAAUACACGAAAGUCCACAUUUCUUCACGAAGUAAGGAUAUCUCCAGCACGCCCCAGAAGGGUUUCCCUUUACACCACUCCUCCAGCGCUCCCCGAGUCCGACUUGAGGCCAUGCCCGUCACUGAGCAACGCAUAUCACCGCGCAAGACGGUUACGCUACCUAACGAGGGGGACGCUGGGAGCCGUUCUGAUUGUCAUUCUCGCGUCGCAACCUUUAAGAAGUUGGAUGCCUCCCCUCACCCACUCACACCUAACCACAGGGUUCUCCCCAUCCUUUCUAGAUCUAAUCCGUCACCGCAUUGUGAGAGUCCGAUGAAAGAGACAAGCUGCACACCGCGACUUAAACUUCCGUUAUCAGUGACCUCUAGCGACACCACAGUCCUCAGAAACAGUCCGAGACGACUUCCUGAGAUCAGCCGUCUGACGCCAUUAGAUCCCAUCACAACAAGGGAUGAAACCUGUACUGGUGAGCAAGGGGACAUAUUUGUGAACCACUUAACUCCAAGUCAGACUCUAGCGACCGUGGUGGAGGAGCCAGAUGCGCAGCAGCAAAGGAGUGAAUGCACCGGAAGUAUAAUGGAUGACGAAGAUGGCCGUUUCUCCUCACCAAGCGGUCGACCUCCAACACCUGUGGAACAGGGGGCCAUCCGGUUUAAGCGAUCGCCUCUGAAAACCCUUAAUCGAGUCCUAUUGACCCCUGCAGGCAGACUGACCCCCGGUACACCUCGGUAUACACCGGACUAUCGCUCUCUCCGGAGAACGGGUUCCAAAUCCAUGACGCCCAGUCAAGCCUGUCAGAGCUUCCUUAAGGUCUCCGCUGCGGCACGCAAAAAGAAAAGAAGUGAAAUAUUUACGAAAAAUACAGGUCACCAGCGGGUCAUCAGUUCUUCCGAUUCCACAGAGUUGGAAUCAAGGGCACUGGUCUUGGUGAGAAGGCCCACGCACACAGGCGUCCGAGAUAAAACAUAGAUUCAUGUCAGAUACCAACAGACACAUACCUAAAGACUUCCAUCAUAUCUUAAUUGUAAUCAA